CCUGAAUCCUUUGAAAAAUAACUCGACUCACAUCAAGUGCGGUGCAGACAUCGCUAACAUUUCCUCGAACAAGUACCAUGUCCGAUGCUUCUGCCGCUAUCUCGGCCCCCUUCCCAAUACUUAGACCAACAUCAGCUUGUACGAGGGCAGGUGAGUCGUUUACUCCAUCCCCUACCAUAGCAACUAUUUUACCAUGUCUUUGAAGCUCCUGAACCUUUUCAACCUUUGCAGCAGGGAGGGCUUCAGCAAUGACUCGGUUUGAUGGUAGAUUCAGCUCUCUAGCGAUAGCACGAGCCGUUCGAUUAUUAUCUCCGGUUACCAUCCAUACGUCUACUCCCAUCACUUCUUUCAUAUAGAUGAUUGCGGCAGAUGCAUCUGGUUUCAAUUCAUCUGCAACGCCCAUAACUACAACUAUUGUGCCAUUGACUGUAGCUACGAUAGCCGUCUUGCCCUGGCGCUCCAAUCCUUGCAUGAUGUUUUCGACUUCUUUGCUGAUCUCGAAGCCCUGGAAUUCGCAAAACGCACGAUUACCGAUCGAAACGUCAAUCUCUCCCAAAAUUUUCCCCGAGGCUCCACGUCCGGUCAUAGCAACAAAAUUUGAGGGCUGUGCAAAAGCAAGUUCUUCGGCAACAUCGUUGGUCCCGCCCCCUAAUCUGUCUUCAGCGUAAGCUACAAUGGCUGCUGCCAACAAAUGUUCACUAUUCCG